UCUCCAGCACGACCCCCGGACCCCCGCAUUAGAAUUCGCAGCACAGCCCCCCUCCCGGUGCAUCCCCAUAGCGCCCCCCGCCAGCAGGGCUCCGGGACCCCCAGGAACCCCGUGCCGCACCGACUCCCAGCUGGGGGUCUCAUGCCAGCAGCCCCCCGUGGCCACGCGCUCAGGGCGGGGGGACGCGCAGGGCCAGACCCGCCCCCCCAGCCCCUCCCGCCGUCCGCACCCUUUCCUGCUUGAGUCAGCGGCCUCUGACUGCUGCUUCCGGGUGUCCCGCGGCUGUUGGGGCGUCCGCCUGUUUGUCUGGGCGUCCGUCCGGGUGUCCUCCUGUCUGUCCAUCAGGGUGUUCUGCCUCUCCUUCUCCUUCUGUGUUUGUCCAGGGCAUCCAUCUCCCUCUUGGGGUGCCAACCUGUCUCUCCAGCUGUCUGUCCAUCCGUCCACCGCCUUCCCGACGCCAUGUACACGGCCCUCCCCAAAAGCGGUUCCCCCUUCGGCCCAGCGCCCACCCGCCCUGGGCUGCACAUCUGGCGCGUGGAGAAGCUGCGCCCGGUGCCGGUCCCCGAGAGCUCGUGGGGUGUCUUCUUUUCCGGGGACGCCUACCUGGUGCUGCACCUGGGGUCCGAGGAGCGAGCCCACCUGCACCUCUGGAUCGGCCGGGAGGCGUCGCAGGACGAGCGGGGCGGCUGCGCCCUGCUGAGCACCCAGCUGAACGCGCUGCUGGGCGAGCGGCCCGUCACCCACCGCGAGGCGCAGGGCCACGAGUCCGAUGAGUUCAUGGGCUACUUCCCCCGCGGCAUCACCUACCAGGAGGGCGGCGUGGACUCGGCCUUCAAGGCGGCGCAGCGCAGCGCUGGCCCCGUGCGCCGGCUGUACCAGGUGAAGGGCCGCAGGAACAUCCGGGCCACGGAGCGGGACCUGAGCUGGGCCAGCUUCAACACCGGCGACUGCUUCAUCCUGGACCUGGGAGAGGCCAUCUUCACGUGGUGCGGGGCGCAGAGCAACGUCCUGGAGCGCAGCCGGGCUCAGGAGCUGGCUGCAGCCAUCCGUGACAGCGAGCGGGGCGGCAAAGCGCGCCUGGAGACAGUGAUGGAUGGUGAGGAGCCCCCCGAGAUGCUGCAGGUGCUGGGCCCAAAGCCCACCUUGAUGGAGAGCAGCCCUGAGGAGGAUGCGGCGGCCGACUGGAAGGCGGGGAUGGCCGUUCUCUACAAGGUGUCGGACGCAACGGGGCGCAUGGACCUGAGCGAAGUGGCCCGGAGCUGCCCCUUCAACCAGAGCCUGCUGUGCCCUGACGACUGCUUCGUGCUGGACACGGGCGCCGGGGGGAAGAUCUACGUGUGGAAAGGGCGCAAAGCCAACGAGCAGGAGCGGCAGGCGGCCCUCAGCGUGGCUGAGCAGACCAUCGCCCGCAUGGGCUACUCGCCCCACACACAGGUGGAAAUCCUGCCGCAGGGCCGCGAGACGCCGCUCUUCAAGCAGUUCUUCAGCAGUUGGAAGUGAGGCGGCACCAUGGGCACAGGGCGGCACAGGGACGGGCUGUGACCCCACUCCCACGCCCACCGUAUUCCCCACACCUCCAGCCCUGUGCCAGCUCCAAGCCCAGCCCAGCCCUGCACCAUCAGCCCACCCUCACUGUGUCCGAGGCCAUGCCGUCCCCACUCCUCUCUUUAAGCCCCUGCCAUUCCACCCCCAUGCCAUCUCUGUCUCCAUUGUCUCCAUUCCCACGCCAUCCCCACGCCACCCCCCUGCCACCUCCAGCCCCAUUUCUCUGGCAUCCCAUCCCAGUGCCAACCCAUCCUUGAGCCCACACCAUCCCCAUACCCUGGAUCCAUCUCCAUGCCCAUGCUGCCCCCAUGCUGCCCCCGUGCCCCCCAUCUCUGAGCCCACGCCAUUUCCCUUGCCACAUCCAUGCCACCUGCAUGGCCAUGCCAUCCCCAUGCCACCUCUCUCUCCACCCCCAUUCCAUGCCACCCCUUCUCAGUGCCAUCCCCAAGCCCACGCUGCCGUGCCACAUCCCCGCCGUCAGCGCCGUGCCAUCCUCACAGCACACAAAUAAAGGCAUGAUGUGAACCCUGUGCCACACUGCAGUGCUGGAAUGAAGGACGUGGGGCUGGGGACAGCGGGGGGCGGACGGCAGCCAUGGGGCAAGGUGGCCCAGCAGCACCUGUGGGUGCUGAGAUGACCGGGAGGCAGUGGGGCACUGCAGCCUGAGCCCCCCUGGUGCCGCCCACCCUGCCUGUGCUGAUCAACCUCCUCUCACCCGUUCCUCCCCAACAAUGCCCCCAAGCCUGCGGUUUCUGAUCCAUUGCAGAACACAUCCUGCUCAGCUUCCUCUUAAUUAAGGGUUCCUCAUUAGCGCUGUU